UCUAAUAAUUCGCCAUAUUAGGCAUCUAAAACUUCGUUACAAAUUGCGAUCAGAUUGGGAAAGAGAUUUGAUUGCGACUAUAUAAUCAUCGAGUCAGAUUGCCAAACUGCAGUAAACAGGAUUUCAAAGGGAGUCACGCACCUUACCGAACUGGACCGUAUUGUGUAAUGCAAUGGCACAGGGAUCUCAAUUUCAAUUCGUGGUCUUCAAUGGCAGCAUGUGAGCGUGAAGGCAAUGAAGUAGCUCAUAAUUUAGCUUGUUUUCUUCCUUUUGGUGUAGAGCAAAUUUGAGAAAGUUGUGUCCCAACUAAUGUCGUUCCGUAUGUACUCAUGGAUGCUCUUGCUAUUUAAUCUUGCUCCCUUUCAAAAAAAAAAAAAAAACUUCGUUACAAAUGGUAUGACAAGUAUGACAAGGAGUACCAAUUAUAACAAUACAUAUACUUUGAUCAUUAAUAUAUUUGAUUUUAGAUGAGUAAAAAUCAUAAAAGUUUAUAUCUUAAAGAUACAUAUCAAGAUUUUUCUAUAACGCAAUCAUCUAACAAUACGGCCAGUCAAACUUUGGAAAUAUUUUAAUCUACUCGUCAUAGUCGUCAGUCAAUACAAACCUUAACAACAGCACCAAGACACUAGAAGUCUAGAACAUCCAUUAGUUUAAAGCACUCAUAAGUUCACGUGUUUCACUCAAAGACCUAAAACCAAAAAGCUCUCAAUUUCUGAGGAAAAAAAACACACACACACACACCCAACUUAAUUGAAAGCCCUUUUAUUAUCUCUAAAUUGCCAAAUGUAAUAAUACAUGAUAUAAUCAAUUGAGCAAAGAAUGAUACCUACUUUUGCAUUAAUUCUAUACAUUCUUCUUUUCAGUUCUAAAAUCUGCUCUGCAAUUGACAGUAUUACACCAACCCAAUUCCUAAAAGACUCAGAAUCAAUACUUUCUAAAAAUAGCAUUUUCAAGCUAGGAUUUUUCAGCCCUCAAAACUCUUCCAAUCGUUAUGUUGGAAUCUGGUAUAAUCACCCUUCUAAAUUGGAAGUUGUAUGGGUAGCUAACAGGAACAGUCCCCUCACUGAUACUUCUGGUGUACUUAAGAUAUCACUCGACGGAAAUCUGCAAGUCUCUAAUGCAAGGAAUCAGACUGUUUGGUCAUCCAAUGUCACUUAUCCUACAGCCGGUUUCGUAGCAGCUCAACUUCAAGAUUCCGGGAACCUUGUUAUCCAAGGAUUCCCGAACAACACGAGUCGUGGGAAUGAGACGAUCAUGUGGCAGAGUUUUCAGCAUCCUGCAGACUCAGUCUUACCAAAUAUGAGGUUCAUUCUUAACAAUAAUUCUGAAUUCAGGAAAGUCCUGCAGGCUUGGAAAAGUCCUUCAGAUCCAUCAGUUGGAAGGUACUCAGUUGGUACUAACUCUUUAGGUGUUUUUCAGAUUAUCAUCUGGGAUGGGGAUCGCCCUUAUUGGCGAAGUGGACCUUGGAAUGGAAACAUUUUCAUGGGAACAAGAUAUCAUAAUACUGGUUAUGGUAAUAUACUCAUUAACACCGGGUCAUUCGCACAGGAGGAAGUAGGAGGGAUGCUUUCUCUGGUUUUUACAGGUGCGAAUGAGACUUUGUUACCUCGUUAUGUAAUAACCGAUCAAGGGAUAUUAGCUGAAAGGUGGUGGGAUGAUAGCAAGAAAAACUGGGGAAUUGCGUGGCAUGCCCCGGAAAAUGUAUGUGAUACUUAUGGUAUGUGUGGAGAAUUUGGAAACUGCAAUCCGCAGACUAAACCUAUCUGCAGCUGCUUGAAAGGGUUUGUGCCAAAAAGCGCAGAAGAAUGGAGGAGAGGAAAUUGGACAAGUGGGUGUGUAAGAAGAAAGAAGUUGCAAUGUGGGAUUCAAGGGGGAAAAGAAGAUGGGUUUCAGAGGUUAAAGAUGAUGAAAGUGCCAGAUAAUGCUGAAUGGAUUGUAGGUCUGAAUCCAGAUCAGUGCAGAACCACCUGCCUGGCAAACUGCUCUUGUUUGGCUUAUACACAUGAUACUGGUACUGGAUGUAUGAGAUGGAGCGAGAACUUGAUUGACAUAGAGGACCUUUCGCCUGGAGGGGUGGACCUAUUCAUUCGGCUUGAACAAUCAGAGCUAAGUACUAGUAAGAGAAGGAUAGCAAUCAUAGCUGUGUGUGUGACUUUAGGAACAGCAGUGAUUGCCACUAUCAUAUACUUCCUGUUCAAAUGGAGAGCUCGGGAAAAGGAUAAACACACAUCGGAUAGAUAUAGCAAAUCCAAAUCAAUACCAGAGAAGAAAGCUGGGAAGAAAGCAGCAACAGAUUCAUAUUUAUUCAGAGACAAAACCCAAGUUAUGAUUGAAGACUUACAAGUGUCAAAACUUGAAGAUCUGAUCAUAGCAACAGACAGCUUCAGUGAGAGCAACUUGCUCGGUAAGGGUGGUUUUGGCCAAGUAUACAAGGGUAAACUUGAAAAUGGUCAAGAAAUAGCAGUAAAAAGGCUUUCAAGAGCAUCAGGGCAAGGUGUAGAAGAAUUCAUGAACGAAGUUGAAUUGAUUUCAAAACUUCAGCACCGGAAUCUAGUCAAACUGCUGGGAUGUUGUGUUGAAGGGGAAGAGAAAAUGCUGAUAUAUGAGUACAUGCCAAAUAAAAGCUUGGAUGCUUUUCUUUUUGAUCCACAGAAGCAGGAGCUUUCGCAGUGGCAGAAACGCUUCAACAUUAUACAAGGGAUUUGUCGCGGACUACUUUACCUUCACAGAGAUUCCAGAUUAAAAAUUAUUCAUAGAGAUCUAAAACCAAGUAACAUUUUACUUGAUCAAGAACUGAACCCAAAAAUUUCAGACUUUGGCAUGGCUAGGAUUUUUGGUGGUAACCAGGAUCAAGCUAGUACUCAGAGGGUAGUCGGAACAUACGGAUACAUGUCUCCAGAGUAUGCAAUGGAAGGACACUUUUCCGAAAAAUCUGAUGUAUUCAGCUUUGGGGUGUUAUUACUGGAGAUAGUAAGUGGAAAAAAGAACAGCAGUUUUUGGUAUCAAGAAGAUUUUUUAAGUCUCUUGGGAUAUACUUGGAAAUUGUGGAAUGAGAACACUAUCGAAACACUGAUAGAUCCAUCGAUUUCAAGUCCAGACUUCCAAGAGGAGAUUCUAAGGUGCAUACAUGUAGGGCUAUUGUGUGUGCAAGAGAUUGCUAGAGAUAGACCAAACACUUCAGUGGUUAUGUCCAUGCUUGUCAGAGACAUUAUGGAUCUUCCCAGUCCAAAAGCACCCGGAUAUACACAACGCCAGAUAUCAGCUGAUACCGGUUCAUCUCAAAUCACAGACGAAACUUCUUCUACGAAUCAUGUUACAAUUACAACUUUGACUGCCCGAUAGCACAAUUAUGUAUGAAGAAUGUAAUGAACCCUCCACAUUCUUAUUUUAGGAUGAGCAAUUGAAAAUAUGAAUCAAUUACUAUGAUUUCAAUAGGUCAGCAAAAUGAUGACCGAUACAUCUCUUAAACUUAAGAGUCAUAUACUCAUGUUUGUAACUCUAUCAGUCACUUUGAUCAAAAAGGAGAAAGUAGCUUGUAAAAAUUUUUAAAAUAGUACUAUAAACUCAGGAAAACAGCACUAUUAAAAAUA